GACGUGUGGGUAGUCGAUUCUUCAAUCCAGGGAGGUGAACAAAUCAAGAAUCCUCACUUGUUUACAUCGUCACCGGCACAGCCGACCCGCAUUUACUUCCUCCCAAGUUCGAGAACGAGAACGAGAGUAGCCAAUAGUCAAACAUCGAUCCCAAAGCUUUCGCUAAAACCAUCAGUCUAAUCCAUCAUAAGGGCGCGACGUCCGCUGAGCGAGCAAAACAAUUCUCAAAAGCCUCUGAAUCAAAACCAAAUGAACAGCCAUGGGGGCAACACCUCAUCUUCCUCGAACCCAACCUCGCCGGGAUCUUUACUCACUCCCCUUCUCCUCUCCAUGACCGGCAUUGUUGCCACCGCGUUCGCCGUUGUCGCCUACCACGUCUUCUUUGUCCGCUUUUGCGCCAGGCGGCAACGGUUCACGGCCGAUGAUGAUCCGCUCGGGGAACGAGAGAACUCCAGAGCCAAAACCGACGGCGUCGAUGAGAAGGUUCUUAGAGCCAUCCCAGUCCUCUCCUACUCCUCAAAGGGGAACCGCCUCUUCCGUGUCGACCAGAGUGAGUGUGCCGUGUGCUUAGGCAUACUAGAGGACCGCGAGACCGUGCGCUUGCUCCCCGCCUGCCGCCACGCGUUCCACGUCCCAUGUAUCGACCAAUGGCUCUCGGCGCAUAACAACUGCCCCAUCUGUCGAUCUCCUGUGGUCGCCCCGCCAACAAGGAUGGCAGAUGAUCACUCGGCCACGAAUGCAGCUUCCUGCAACAACGGAGGUGACAUCGAGGCUUCAGAUGGGCCACCACUGACGAGCGACUUGCUCCAACUCCGUGUGUCACUCAACGUAUUGAGGAGGUCACCAUCGGACUCGGCAAACCAGUCUCGCGACAUGGUCAUAAACGUGGAAGAGGAGAGAGAGGAUGCUUCCGGAUCAUCGUCUAACGAUGAUCUGACGUCGUCGUUAUUGGGGAAAGGCGUGGUGCUGAGUAACAGCAUGUCUUUGGGAGUCGAAUCGAGGCAGUUGGAUGGCUUGUCGUCGAGGUUGCUCAGGUCGUUCUCACAGCUGAGUAGCAGUCGCAGGGUUGAUGCAAAUCUUCCUCGCUGAACGAACUGUAUCGCCUUCCUCCUCCCAUUCUUUUCGUUUUUUUCUUCCCCAGAUGAUGAUUUGGUUUACCUCUAUUUAUUCUCAAGUAAAAUAACUCAAUUGGGAGUUAUAUUUUGCCUUUUUGAUCUGGGAUUUUCAUUGCGAAUUCGAGUGUCAUGCAUGGUUGUAU